AUGCAGUUCAAGACGGCCUUUUUUGUUCUCCUUGCUGCGGCACUCACCGAGGCUGCUGAGCUCGAAAAGCGUGCAUGCCCCGGCGUCCACGUCUUUGGUGCCCGUGAGACGACAGUCUCCCCCGGUUAUGGAACUGCUGGGACCGUUGUAAAUCUGGUUCUCGGUGCCUAUCCUGGAUCGACUGCGGAGGCCAUCAAUUAUCCUGCUUGUGGUGGCCAAUCGUCGUGCGGAGGUGUUUCCUAUUCGAGCUCAGUACAGCAGGGAACUCAAGCCGUUGCUUCUCAAGUCAAUAGCUUCAACCAGCAAUGCCCUCAAACACAACUUGUCCUUGUUGGCUACUCUCAAGGUGGACAGAUUAUCGACAAUGCAUUCUGUGGAGGUGGCGACUCUGGCCAAGGCAUCUCCAACACGGCAGUCCUCAUUUCUUCGUCGGCGCUCCAACAGAUCAAGGCUGUUAUCAUGAUGGGUAACCCAAGGCGCGCUCCUGGGCUCUCGUACAAUGUCGGAACGUGUAACGGAAGUGGCUUUGACCCUCGCCCAUCCGGCUUCCAAUGCCCGUCUGGCUCCAAGAUUCAAUCGUAUUGCGACAGCCCUGAUCAGUACUGCUGCAAUGGAAGCGAUACAUCUGGUCAAACUCAUCAGGGCUACGGCAAUAAGUAUGGCCAGGCAGCGCUCACGUUUAUCAAGAGCAAGAUCAGCUCGUCGAGCGGAACGACUGGUGGAAAUAGCUCGACUGGUGGAAACACAGGUGUACAGACGACGUCGACGAGCCAGAAUAAUGGUGGCGGUGGAAAUUGCUCUGCCAUAUGGGGACAAUGCGGAGGUCAGGGAUAUAACGGACCUACGUGCUGCCAGAGUGGUUCGACUUGCAAGUACUCGAACCCAUGGUACUCUCAAUGUCUCUAG